AUGGGAGCAUAUAAAUAUAUUCAAGAAAUAUGGAAAAAGAAACAGUCAGAUGCUAUGCAUUUUUUGUUAAGAAUAAGAACAUGGGAAUAUAGGCAACUUCCAGUUGUUCACAGAGUUUCAAAACCAAGCAGACCUGACAAAGCAAGAAGAUUAGGAUAUAAAGCAAUUCAAGGUUUUGUUAUUUAUAGAGUUAGAGUUAGAAGAGGAGAUAGAAAAAAGAGAGUUAGAAAAGGUAUUGUACACGGUAAACCUAAACAUCAAGGUGUUCAUAAACAAAAGUCAGCAAGAAAUUUAAGAAGUGUUGCAGAAGGUAAAGUAGGAAAGAGUAUUUGUGGAAACUUACGAGUUUUAAAUAGUUAUUGGGUAGGUCAAGAUGCUGUUUAUAAAUAUUAUGAAGUUAUAUUAGUUGAUCCUAUGCAUAAUGCUAUACGUAAUAACCCAAAAGUUAACUGGAUAUGUAAUUCAGUACACAAGCAUAGAGAAUUAAGAGGAUUAACUUCAGCUGGAAAAAAAUAUAGAGGUUUAAGAGUUAAAGGACAUUUAGCAGCUAAAAGCAGACCAUCUAUUAGAGCAAAUUGGAAAAGAAGACAAUUAAUUAAGUUAAAAAAAUGUAGAUAA